AUGAGGUCAGCAUUGCUCACAAUCGCGUCGCUGACAGCGUGUUCGCAUGCUCUGGUCUCGCGUCGAGCAGACUGUUGCUUCCACCUAUCAGCGACUGGCGGCCCAGGUGGUCCCGUUGAACAGCUCAGUGAUGGCCAGACCCGUCUCGGACAGAGCGGGCUCACGGAAAGCCAAUUCUGCAUCAACAAUGACGGAGGCUUGACUGACGGCAAUGGCCGUGGAUGCAUCGUCACCAAAGCGACCUCGCAAUUCCAAUGUGACCAAGGAACGACGGCCAUGCCCGGCUUUUCCAUCGGCUCGGACGGCAAGCUGAGCUACAAGAGCAGCAGCGACCUCUUCGCCUGUCCGACCGGGCAAAACGGCGGCUUCAACAUCUACACGCAGAAGCUCUCCGGCGAACCCUCGUGCGUGCCGGUCACGCUGUCCUCCGACAACUGCGAGGCCCCUGCUCCGGCACCGGCUCCAAUGACCCCGACGUCGUCAUGUCCAGCUGAGCUUCCAGCAGGGUUCGAGUAUCCUCACUUGAUCGUCCCGAUCGACUCCAAAAACCCGAAUGCCGCGUACGGUACCUCGUACAAUGGCACUGCAAGAGGAUCCAUCUCUUCGAUCUUCAACUUUGAUAUUCCGGCUGCGAAGCGAGGCAAGACUUGCAAGCUGCAGUUCAUGUUUCCUCGGCAGGAGCAGCUCGAGACUUCCGCGUUCACGUUCAGUGGAGAGGGAUACUUCAAGUUCGCGGCUUUGAGUGCUGCAGCCACCGAGUCGACCACAUAUGCUUCCGUACCGAAGGUUGAGCAGGACUUUGGCAUCAUCAAGAUGACUCCGGGCAAUGGAUAUACUGUUGCGACGACCAGUUGCCCGGCAACAACGAGGUUCGGCAUCUGGUUCCAGGCUCUCGAGGGCUCCGGCCUGGACUUCUUCCAGGACUACAAUCCUUGUCCUUCUCAAGGUGAUUGCAUACAUAUCGCCAUGGCAUUGUUGAGCGUCUAUACGGGCCAGCAUAGCCAGCAGUAUGCCAUCGCCGACGAAAAGCAGCGCGAUGAGUCUGCAUUGGAGCGAUCUCGAAAUCAAGCAAGAAUGUCCCUCAGAAUCGAUUCAGCAAAAGCCUUCGUAGCCGACUCCUUCGGCUACGACUUCAAAGACAAUGCUCUGCUUAUGGAAGCCUUGGACACGUCGGGCUUGAGGAAGCGCGAGUCGAACCAGAGACUGGCCUUGCUCGGCGACAAGAUCAUCGCUUUUCUUGUGGCCGAUGCGUGGUAUGCCACCGGCGACCCGAGAGGAUCCGGACAGAACAACAUCGCCCGUAUUGGCCGCAAUGCUACUCUGACUGGCAUAGCCCAGGACAUUGGGCUCAGCCAGCACGUCAUGCUCAACCCAGCCCAGCGUACCGCGAGUGAUAAGCUUCUGGCCACCACGAUGGAAGCGUUGUUUGCAGCUAUUUAUCUGGAUGCCGACAAAGACUCCGACAAGGUCAAGUUCGCUAUGUGUCGCUUGGACAUGGACGUGGUCUCGGAUCAACCCUUCUAGGUAAAACUUCCGCACCAUCUGCGUUAACAUUUCCCAGCUCCUUGAAACCGAGAUGCAUGUACGCGAUGUACUCACGCGCUUUCAUUUCGUGGCGAGCAUUCGUGAGUCUGCCUACUUCUCAACCCUGUAUCAGCUGGGCUGUGUGUC